AUGAAUGCAAUUCUUUUCAAUAACAACAACAACACUACUGAUACACACAACAAACAUCGUUCACUUGUCUCUUCAUGUAGUUCGUGUUCUUCUUCAUCCUCCUCUUAUUCAACCACCACCACCACCACCACCACUAGUACUGCUCUUCACCAAACACUUUUAAGCAACAAUCACAAUUCAAACCAUCAUCAUCAUCGUCAUGCCACCACCAACGAUCAUGACAACACCCGAGAAGAAUCCAUCCAUUCUGGACCACCAUCAUCAUCACCUCCUCCUCCUCCUUUAAAGAACAUUAACCGAUGCACACGAUUGAAUUAUGACACCACCAUGAUUCCAACCUAUAUUCAUCAAAUACAGAAAUAUAUUCAAACGAUCUUGGAUCGAUACAUGUUUUUUGGAGUGACACCCACACUCACCUAUUCCAUUGUUCAGUCUUCAAACAACAACAAUAACAACAAUAACUACUCAACUCAUCAGAGUCAACGAUACAGCAAUGAAUAUUUAUUAAUUCUUGAAUCCACUCAAGAGAAUAAUUCUUCACAUCCGAUUAGUGGUGGCAAUAGUGGCAAUGGCGGUAUUGGAAUCUCAUCUCCAUUCAAAUACUUGAAAAACAAGAAAAAACAAAAAUCCAAUCAAUACGAUCAUGUCUGUGUGGAAUUUACACUUUCAUUGAAUGGAUUUGUCUUUAGUGAAAGUCAUCCCUUUCAUUUGCAACUAUUGGAUAAUUUUGCAUGGAUAUUUAAUCCUUCAUAUAUGAACAAUACUGGUCAUUAUGGUGGUGUUAGUGGUAGUGGUGGUUUGUUCUCUUGUACGGAACAUCAGAAUGAUCAUCAUCAUCACCUUGGGAAUGACGAAGAGAAUGGUUCAUGUGGAAAUUCUCCAUUUGAAAAUUCAAAACUCAACAUGAAUCACAGCUCUGGCUUGAAUUCGAGUGGUAGUGGUAGUGGUAGUGGUAACGGUGGUACUGGUCAUAGUAGUACACAAUUAUUUAAAAGUAGUGGUGGUGCUGAUGAUGAUUUCGAUUCGAAUGUAUUUGGUGGUGACUAUGGAAUGUAUCGAUUGGAUUUUGGAUCCUCUUCUCACUCCUCACCUCAUCAUUUAUCUUCUAACUAUUCUUCAAAUCCUUUGAAUUCAUUGGAUUAUCAAUGUAUUUCUAAAUAUUUACAAAAAUGUAUCAUCUUACUGAAUUUGUUAAAUAAUGCCAUUAUUGAUUUGGAAAUGAGUAGUAGUACAUUGGAACGACGAGGUGGUAGUGGUGGUGAUGGUGCAACAAGACCUUACAGUCUAUCCACAUCAUCCUUGUCAGCCUCAUCAUCACCACCCCACAUACAUCCAACCUCACAUUCCUUUCCACUAGUGGAUCCUCAAACAACAACGACGACGACGACUGCAAUGAAUGCAUCAUCCUCAUCCUCACCAUCGUCUCCACAUCGAUCCAUGAGUCGUAAGUUUUCACAAGAUUACAAAUUUACAGUUCGGAGAGCGGGAGUUCAUGUGUACAAGUGGAAUUUGAGAGAGGUCCUCACUGCCACGACCACCAAUAGCAACAGCACCACCACGACCACGACUUCUACUACUACUACUGGACGACAAGAAAAUAACAACAACAACAACAUGGAAUCGAGUACGAGUAGUAGUAGUAGUAAUGCAACAAUUAAUCGAUUAAGUGCUAAAUUAAUUGCCAUGCAUCAUCAUCAUCAACAACAACAACCACAUGCACAUGCACAACGAAUCACAUCCUCUCAUUCACAACAACCAUCUUCCAUUCUCUCCUAUCGUUCAUGUCUCUCUCCUUCUCGAAUUCUUCCAUUUCUGUUACGUCUCACUAAAACUCAUGUGAAACGAUAUUUAAAAUACAAACAUGUCAUGAGUACUAGUUUUGGAUUGAGUACAAUCAAACAACCUUAUCAUGAUGAUUUAAAGAAUUGGAUAUUUGAACAUUUUAUGUUCUUUAAAUAUACUCAAUACUAUCCAUUUGUAUUAUUUUGUGAAAUGAUUCGACCCUACCUGUUAGGAAAUAUCACCUUUAAAAAGAUUUGUAAAAUGAAAAACAAUUUAAAGGAAUUGAAAAAACAGCAACAAGAACAACAGAAACGAAGUCGAAUGAUUACUUUUAAAAGAAAAACACCACCACCACCCUCUCAUCAACAACCAUCUACCUCCUCCUUCUCCCAAAAUAUUCAUAAUAAUACUAUUCAUAGUAAUAAUAAUAAUACUAUUAAUACUAUUUGUAAUAAUACUAAUAAUACUAAUACUAUUUAUAAUACUAUUUAUAAUAAUACUAUUAAUACUAUUCGAUUAUCAGAAGAUCACUCGAGAGAAUCCAAUCUUCGAACACCACAAGAAGAAUAUUCAACACUAUUGAAAAUUAUUGAACUCUCUCAAAAAAAUUAUUUAAUCUAUUCUGGAUCACUGUCACAAGAUCGAUUGAAUUGGAAAGAACAUACAUUGGUGAGAAAUUGUAAUCAAUUGGUACAUUUAUUAUGUAAAUUAGAUGGAAGUAUCUAUAGUGGAGAUUGUGUUGGAGAAGAUUCUAAUAAUAAUAAUACUACUAGUCAAAAUAUUAAUACUACUACUACUACUAGUCAAAAUAUUAAUACUACUACUACUACUAGUCAUCAUCAAAAUACUACUAAUGAUCAUACUCGUGAUCAUACUAAAAAUAGUAAUAAUGGAAUGAUUCAUUCCAACACAACACCACCACCAACUCGUCUCAUCAUUGAACCCAUUGUACAAUCCUCUUUCAAUAUCUUUUUUGUAUUAUUUUUGAAACACAUGGAUCAAUUUGAUCAUUUGUUCUUUGUGUUGAAUCAUGAUCAAGAGGAAACCAUUCCAACCUCAACAAGAAUCUCAACAGGAACUACUACCACCAUUAAGGAAGUAGCUGCAAGUAGUGGUUCAAUUACGAUCAUUCCAACCAAUGUACCACCCCUACAUAUGGAUAUCAAAUCAGAUGCAUCCUCAUCACUUCUUGAAAAAGACAUUGAAACAACAAUUCUUGAAAGAAAAGACAUUGAAACUCUAUUGAAUCAUGAUGAACAUGUCAUUUCUCGAUUUAUUGAAAAACACAAUUAUUCACAACAACAUUGGAGUCAACAAAUCUUUGGAGGAUUUACUUGUCAUUCAAUGAAAUUAUUUGAGAGAAGAGAACACAUUCUAUUUGAUGCCAUUCGAAUCUGUCAUUAUCCACUUGUUCAAAUACUCAUUUCUAAAUUUGAACAAGUCUAUGGUGUAGAGAGAAUUCACAAUUUUAUUAAUCAUGAAAAUGAUAAUUGUAUUACACCACUUCACUUGUUACACAUCUUGUAUGGACGAUUGUUGUUCAGCAAUUCCAAUCAUUGGUGUCAUUCUAUUAUGAACUAUUUGGAAGAGAAGGGAGCCAUUCGAAAUGAAUCCAUAUUGGUCAAAAAAGUGAUGAAGAGACCAUUCAUCUCGAGUAAUGGCGGUGGUGUGAGUAGUCAGAGUGGUGGUCAGAGUGGUCAGAGUGGUGUUGUGAAUACUACUACUACUACUACGACGACUACUACGACUACUACUAUGAAAGAACACCAUCAACAUCACCACCAACAUCAUCACUAUCGUGCGAGACAUACCACCACCUUAUUACCAACUAGUCGUACUAGUAGUAGUAGUAGUAGUAGUAGUAGUAGUAGUAGUAGUAGUGGACAUGAUGCUCGACAAACGAGGUACAACAAUCACCACAUGAAUCAUCCUGUUUGUAAUAACAAGAGUAGUACAAUGACAGGGCAUGUGAGGAUUGCUGCUGGUAUGUCUCAUUCCUAUCAUAACACCACCACUCCUAGUCACACCAUGGAUCCUCCUCCUCCUCCUAAUGGUAAUCCUCCUCAAAUCAGUAGUACUAGUCCUAUUACCACUCCUACUAUUACUACUCCUCCUAAUCCUCCACACAUUCUUCUUUUAACACACACCAAAUUCUUAAUCUCCACUCUUGAAUCUCUCAGUAUGGACAUUUGGAUUCACAUUCUAAGUUUUAGAGCAUUUUCAAUGAGAACCAUCAAUACCUUGUGUGCUGUCUCUACAGAGAUUUUAAAGAAUUUCAUACAAUGUGAAAGUGUAUGGCAACGUGUGUGUUAUCAUUAUUUUACUAAACAUAAUAUCAAUUCAAGUUUAUUACCACAAUUAGGAAAAAUUGAAAGAAUGUUACAAGAUGAAGAUUAUCAUUUAUCAUGGAGAUAUAUAACUAAAUGUUGGACUCAACCAAGUUAUUUCAAAAUAUUUGCAUUGGAUCCUCAAAAUAGAUUGGAACAUCGACAAUUAAUUGAAACAAAUUCAUUUCUAAAGAAGGGUGAUUCUUCAAGAGUUUCUACAUCAUCGACCAUGAGUACAAGUAGUAGCAGUAGUAGUAUUCAUAGUGAUUACCAUCCAUUAUUGUAUUAUGAGAGAGAUUCAUUUCAAGUGGAAGAAAUGCAUGAUUUUUACAUGUUGAUGGACGCAAUGAAUCGAGAAGCAUCCAUUUCAAUACCUAAACAGGAAGUGAUGGAACAUUUUCGACAAAAAUAUGGAACUUCCAAAUUGACCAAAACAGGUAUUCUCUCAAAUUACAGUGUUCAUUGCAAGAAAUUGAAUGUUGAAAAUCUAUUCACUGCCUCUCAAUCUCUUUCUAGACUCACACUCUCUCAACAGAAAUGGAUUUUUAACUUUAUUGAAUGCAUUCGAUAUUACUUUGAAAAGAAGAAGGUAUUUUUGAAGAAGACACAUCAUCAAGACAUGUUGUGUUAUGAAAUUACACUGACCAAUAAUUUUGUUGAAGAAGAGGAACAGAGAACGAAUGGAGUUAUUAUUUUGGUGUUUAACACGGUGACUAAUUGGAUUGGAUGUUUUGAGUGUUAA